ACUGAUCACUAUCCGGUAGCUCAGUCCUCCUCCAGCCCGUUAUUUCAGCUCCAGCGUGGUGUCCCCGGGCGAAGCCGUCCGGCCGCUGCCCACCUGAGCGGACUCACCUGUGUCCCGACGACGCACCUCUGCCCCCUUUUGGAGAAGAAACCCACCUUUAUGGAGGAAAUUAAAGAAGGAGAUUAAAACUGCGAGGAGGAAGCAGAGGACCGAGCCGGGCUGUUUUUACACCUCACACAUUCCCUCUUUUUAAACGUGCACAAGUCGGGGGUUUUUCCCCCUAAAUCAUGCCGCGGGCCUUUCUGGUGAAGAAGGCGAGUGUUUCUCCGGGAAAGCGGAACUGGAGCGAACUCCCUGACCAUGAGCGAGGGGACGUCUACAUCCCAGUCUCCAUCUUCCCUCCGUCUGUGCUGAUGAUGGAGGAUGAAGCCAGUCCCGCCGAGACGAUGCCACUCUGCCUAACGAAGCACUCGGACGCUGACAUAAGCACCCACGCCGAGCUGCCGUCCAGCACAGCGCUGGGCCAACCCCAGAACCCGCCUAACUCACCAGAGGAGAGGUCAGAGGUCAGGAAGAGGUCGCAGAGCGACUCCACUUACAUAAGAUCAAAAAUCAAGGUAACUACAGGAGAGUUACCUCCUGAUCCCGCUGCUCUUCCGCUCACCCUUCCUCCCUUUCCAAUUCAGCCGGGUUUCACGCCACACGCCAUUGUCUCCACAGUUGUCUUGACACCAAGCCCCAGCCCCGUGGCAAUGGUUUCCACGGCACCCAAAUCACCGGUUCAAAGUCAAAAUUCAUCAACAGGCACAACAGGGGCAUUUAUGUGCCAGAUUUGCCAGAAAACGUUCCAGUACCAGCGCAUGUUAAACCGACACGCCAAGUGUCACAACGACACCAAGAGACACCUGUGCAGCUUCUGCGGCAAAGGGUUCAACGACACCUUUGACCUCAAGAGACACGUGCGCACGCACACAGGUGUGCGUCCCUACAAGUGCAACCUGUGCGAGAAGGCCUUCACGCAGCGCUGCUCCCUGGAGUCCCACAUGAAGAAGAUCCACAGCGUCACCCUGAAGUACGCCUACAAAGAGCGGCGCAACAAGCUGUAUGUGUGCGAGGAGUGCGGCCACACGGCCGGCACGCAGGAGGAGCUGCUGCUUCAUCUGCACUCCCGUCACCCCGACAGCCCCUUCCUGAAGGGGAAGGCUGUAAGGAGAGGAGGAGGAGGAAGAGGGUCUACGCCCGCAUCUCCGCAAGGCGCAGAAAGCGACGAGAUCACAGAGUCAACACAUCAGUAGAGAAGGAACGAUGGUCGAACUGAUGGUGCUUCAUGGAUUAUACACACAGACACACACAUCUGAAUAUUUGUUUCUGUUGUAUAUAAAGACUCAUAUUAAAGAAAACAGCCUUUGAAUAAUAUAUAAAUACUGUAAAUAUUCCCGUGGGAUUGUGACAUGCACAUGUGCUCAUUCUUCCUGUGUGUUAUUUUACUGCAUGUGAAUACUACCUGUGGGCUUGUGUGUACAGACAGGUUUUCUACAAAAAAAGGUACUUUAUUCAUUAAAGGGAGUAAUAUAUUUCACCA